UGUGAUGCAAGAGAGGCCUGUCCUUGCCCUUCCUUCUCUCUGACCCCCGUCCGACUGCGUUGUGCAUCUCUAGAGUUUUGGUCAAGCAGUACAGGUGGCUGUACCUGCAGGAGCAAAGAGGACACGGGCAGGCCCAAACAUUAUACCAAGGAGGUGAGGCGCUGAGUGAUAUCAAUGUCCAUUGAAGUCAGCAAGUUUCCUGUCCUGGAUAGCGUUGCAUUCUCCCUGAAGGAGCUGGUGCUCCUAGAUCCAGCUCUGUCACUGGAGAAACAGAAAGAUGUUUGCUUCCCUGGCAUUGGUGGCCACCCUGCUUGCCUUCGGAGUUUGUGCCCCACUGCAAAAGGCAAGCAACCGCAGCAAGCUCCUCCUGGUUUCUUUUGAUGGUUUUCGGUGGAAUUAUGACCAGGAUGUGAAAACCCCUAAUCUGGAUGCCAUGGCUAAAGAUGGGGUGAAGGCACGUUACAUGACUCCAGCCUUUGUCACCCAGACAAGUCCUUGCCACUUCACUCUCCUUACAGGAAGGUACAUUGAGAACCAUGGAGUGAUUCACAACAUGUGGUUCAACGCCAGCACUGGACAGAAGCUUCCUUAUUAUAACACACAGGGAAUGUCUGCCUGGUGGGAUAAUGGCAGCCUCCCUAUCUGGAUCACAGCGCAAAGGCAGGGUUUGAAGACAGCAUCCCUCUUUUUCCCUGGGGGGAACGCCACCUAUCAAGGAGAACAGGUGAAUGUGAAGAAGGUAGAGAAACUCUUUCACAAGUAUGACAAUGAGACCGAGUGGAGGCAGAAUGUUGACACAGUCAUGAAGUGGUUCCACGAGGACGACCUUGACUUUGUUGCCCUAUACUUUGGCGAGCCUGACUCCACCGGACACAAAUUUGGCCCAGAGUCCCAGCAGAGGAAAGACAUGGUUAGUCAGGUGGAUCGGACAGUGGGUUACUUGAGACAGAGCAUCAAGGAGAAUGGCAUGAGCUCAAAACUCAACUUGAUCAUCACAUCCGACCACGGCAUGGAAACAGUAAUCAAACAAGAUGAAAUUCACCUCCUCAGAGUGGCAAACUUCUCUUUCCAGGACAUUCAGUUUGAGCUGGUAGAUUAUGGACCAAAUGGGCUACUGCAACCAAAGCCAGGGAAACUAGAACAGGUUUAUGAAGCCUUGAAAACUGCUCACCCCAAGCUCCAUGUAUAUAAGAAGGAGGAAUUCCCCAGGAGAUUCCAUUAUGCCAACAACACACGGAUCUCACCUCUCGUCUUGUACAGCGACCCUGGCUAUGUAAUCCAUGGGAGAAUCAAAGUGCAAAUCAAUAAAGGGGAACACGGCUUUGACAAUAACGAUAUGAACAUGAAGACCAUAUUCCGAGCUGUGGGACCAGCAUUCAAGAGAGGACUGGAGGUGGAUCCUUUUGAAAGUGUGAAUGUUUAUGCCCUCCUUUGUGAACUCCUGAAGAUCACACCUGAACCACAUGAUGGAUCAUUGAAUGUCACACAGCACAUGCUGGCCAAAAAUGCAGCUUUCUGCGUUACCAGGACUGGUAUGACCUCUCCUCUUACCACCUGGAAACUGGCUUUGGUGCUGAGCAUAGGUGCCUUCCUGAGAUCCAUGACUGGGAUUCCUUGUGGUGUACUUUUGUAAGGAUAUUCUCCAGCUUCCCAAGAAGAUGUCAGCCAGUGGAAAUGAGUGUUACAGCACCUAGACAGCAUCUGAAGGUAAUCUCAGUGAAGAAUAAAACAUACACUUGAAGAAGCAGCUAUCAGCACCUAUCAAGUAACCUCUCUGUUGGAUCUGUAUUCAUCACUUACUCAGACAAGAUCGCUGCACUCGCAGGCUUGAAUGGAAACAACUCUUUGGAGUGGUUGUGUCUCUGAAUGUGAAAUGGCUCUCAGUCACACCAGCUGCUGACUUCUAUUGGCCAGAGUGUUUUUUGUGUGAAAAAAAAUUAUGAGCGGCAUACCAACAUCAUAUCUUUCUAAAUAAGGGAGUUUUCCGUGCCUCAGCUUGCCUUACACACAAAACAGUGAUCGCAGACCAGUUUGAAUGAUUAACAGGAGUGAUGCUUUGUGGUACAUUCAUGCAGAGUGUUCUCCAAAGAAAAUUUAAUAUGGAAACAGAUAUUGUUUUAGUUUGAAACAAAGUUUUAAAAUGGCCCUGUAGCCUUGUAGAGUACACAAAAAUAAUUUUCCUAUAGUUCUGAUACUAGAACAGUAGCAAAAGAAGUACAUCUAUCAUAUUUUGUCACCAGUGUACCCUAAGAGGCAUUCAGCCUCAAAUCCUCAACUAGCCUGGUACAGAAAUAUCAGGACUGUUUGCUGUAUGAAUGAAUGGAUUUAUUUCGGUCAUGGACCAGCCAAACUGUUUGCUGUAGCAUUUUGCAGCCUAACAAAUCUUGGAAGACUCUUGAACAUUUCUUCUGUAAUUAUAUGGUUAAAAGAGAA